AUGAAGUUAAAACUUCCCAACCCAGGCCUGGAGGACAGGAUAUUGUCCCAUCAGCAGCUGGACAAAUUGGAGGAGGAAGAGGCUGGAGGAAGACCAAAAUGGGACAACAAGGCCCAGUACAUGCUGACCUGUGUGGGGUUUUGUGUGGGACUGGGAACUGUCUGGAGGUUCCCCUAUCUGUGUCAGAGUCAUGGAGGAGGUGCAUUUAUGAUACCAUUUUUGAUCCUGCUGGUUCUUGAAGGAAUCCCUCUUCUGCAUCUUGAGUUUGCCAUUGGUCAACGUUUAAGACGUGGCAGUUUGGGAGUGUGGUCUUCUGUCCAUCCUUAUUUGACAGGCGUUGGCAUUGCAUCCAUGUGUGUAUCUCUGACGGUCAGUCUCUACUACAACACCAUUGUUGCCUGGAUUCUGUGGUACCUCUUCAAUUCAUUUCAAGAGCACCUGCCUUGGAGUCAAUGUCCCAUGAAUGCCAAUUUAACAGGCAUUGUCCCGGAGUGUGAGAGGAGCUCCCCUGUGGAUUAUUUCUGGUACAGGAAGACCCUAAAUGUAACUCCAACUAUAGAGGAGGAUGGUGGUCUGCAGUGGUGGAUACUGUUGUGUCAUGUUUGUGCAUGGUCUGUGCUCUAUGUCUGCGUCAUUCGUGGUAUUGAGACCACUGGGAAGGCUGUGUAUUUGACUUCAACCCUUCCCUAUGUGGUGCUGACAAUAUUUCUGAUCAGAGGAUUGACCCUGAAGGGCUCUUUAAAUGGAGUCAAGUUUCUCUUCACGCCAGAUGUAACGGAGCUGGCAAAUCCAUCAACAUGGCUCGAUGCGGGUGCUCAAGUUUUCUAUUCCUUCUCUUUGGCUUUUGGUGGUCUUAUUUCCUUCUCCAGCUACAACUCAGUGCAUAACAACUGUGAACAGGAUGCAGUGAUCAUCUCUAUCAUCAAUGGUAUCACCGCUGUCUAUGCUGCGACUGUCAUUUACAGCAUUAUUGGAUUCAGAGCAACAGAGAGAUUUGACAACUGUAUUUCUGGAAACAUCAUAACAUUACUAAAUAUGUUUGAGCUUCCUGAGGGCGACAUCACUGACAGCAACUACGAUCAAGUUGUUCAACGUCUUAAUGAAACACACCCUGACAUUAUUCAAGAGCUGGAUCUAAAGACCUGCGACUUAAAUACUUUUCUCAGUGAGGGAGCUGAAGGAACUGGUUUAGCCUUCAUUGUGUUUACGGAGGCUAUCACCAAGAUGCCCCUCUCACCGUUGUGGGCUGUUCUUUUCUUCAUAAUGCUCUUCUGUCUUGGCCUGUCCUCUAUGUUUGGUAACAUUGAGGGAGUUCUCGUACCACUGCAAGACCUCAAAGUUUUUCCUAAGACGUGGCCAAAAGAGGUCACCACUGGUGUAACAUGCAUGCUCUGCUGUCUAGUGGGUCUGAUAUUUCUUCAAGGUUCUGGAAACUAUUGGCUUUCACUCUUUGACACCUAUGGAGGAUCCAUCCCUCUGCUGGUUGUUGCAUUCUGCGAGAUGGUCUCAGUGGUGUAUAUAUAUGGGAUAGACAGGUUCAAUGAUGAUAUUAAGUUCAUGAUUGGACACAAACCAAACUUCUUCUGGCAGGCCUCAUGGAGGGUCAUCAGUCCACUGAUUAUGUUGUCCAUCUUGGUCUUUUACAUCAUCACUGAAGUUUCUGAAGAGGUCUUUUACAAAGUCUGGGAUCCUGAAUCGGAGAAAUUCCCAACACUGGAGGAAAAGUCAUAUCCUGUCUGGGUCUAUGUGAUCAUUUUUAUAUUGGCUGGGAUACCCAGUAUUGCUGUACCUGCAAUUGCUGUAUGGAAGUGUUUAACAACAAAGAAGAGGGAUACGCCACAUAGCUAUCAAAUUCAGUAGUUUUACAAUAAGACCUGAAUUUUUCCAGCUUAAUAUUCCAGGAAAACUCCUUUUUUUUCUUUUUCUUUUUCAGGAACAUUUAAAUGAUUGCUAUCAGGGUUUAAUCAGUAUGAUUUAAAAAUAGGAAGAAACCAUACCUGUUUCUCCAGCCACAUGUGACAGCAUGUAAAGCUAUCGCUUCUUAGCAG